AUGCCUUCAGCUGCACAGUACACCGAAAGACCAGCCAGUGGCUCAAAGUCUCAAUUCCAGCCAGGCCACAAGAUUCCCAUCCAGCAUCUGAAAAUGCCUGGCUUGCAGGCAGAUAUGGAAAACCCCAAGCCAGUCUCUAUGCAGAUCCCAACCGAAGACGGAGGAUAUCAGACGUACAAGGCGGCCGGCAAGCUUGAAGGAAAAAGAGCCAUUAUCACUGGCGGUGACUCUGGUAUUGGACGAGCUUGUGCAAUCUUAUUCGCCAUGGAGGGUGCAUCCAGCCUGAUUGUAUACCUCCCCGAAGAAGAAACAGACGCCAAAGAGACGAAGAAGCUCGUCGAGCAGGCUGGUCAGCAAUGUCAUUGUCUUGCAAUUGAUAUUCGCAAGAAGGAAAAUUGCAAGAAGAUCAUCGAUAUGGCGGUUCAGAAUAUGGGUGGAAUCGACAUCUUGGUUAACAACGCUGCUUUCCAAAAUAUGCUGAGUGAUAUCAGUGAACUUGACGAGGAUCAAUGGGAGAAAACGUUUGAUACGAAUAUCCACCCGUUCUUCUAUCUUUCGAAAUAUUCUCUGCCGCAUAUGAAGCAAGGCUCAACUAUCAUCAAUUGUGCCUCUGUUAACCCGUACAUUGGUCGAGGUGAUCUAUUAGACUAUACGUCUACCAAGGGUUCCAUCGUGGCGUUCACACGCGCUCUUUCGAAUCAGCAGGUGAAGAAAGGAAUUCGUGUUAAUUGUGUUUGCCCAGGUCCGAUUUGGACUCCGCUUAUCCCAGCGACGAUGCAAACUGGUGCAAUGGAGCAAUUCCAUGCUGUGCCGAUCGGUCGACCGGGACAACCGAGUGAGGUUGCAACUUGCUUUGUCUUCCUUGCAAGCCAGGAUAGUAGUUAUAUCUCUGGGCAGUGUCUGCAUCCCAACGGCGGUGUUAUGGUCAAUGGCUAA